AUGCACCGAAGCAUCGCAGCCCUGCUUGCAUGCGGCAGCGUGCUGGGCUUGGUCAAUGCCGCAUGCCCCUUCGCCGACCCAGCCGCCCUCAAGGAGAAGCGCGAUGACAGUCAGCAGUCGUCCGACUUCCUUGACAAGUACAAGGUCGACGACAGCGCCGGCUACAUGACAUCCGAUGUCGGUGGCCCUAUCGAGGAACAGGCCAGUUUGAAGGCUGGCAUCAGGGGCUCAACACUGCUUGAGGACUUCAUCUUCCGCCAGAAAAUCCAACAUUUCGACCAUGAGCGGGUUCCGGAACGGGCUGUUCAUGCCCGGGGCGCAGGAGCUCAUGGCACUUUCACCAGCUAUGCCGACUGGAGCAACCUGACAGCGGCGUCCUUCCUCAAUGCUGCUGGGAAGCAGACACCCGUCUUCGUCCGAUUCUCUACCGUCGCUGGCUCCAGAGGCAGCGCGGACACCGCCAGGGAUGUCCAUGGCUUUGCUACUCGCUUCUACACCGAUGAGGGCAACUUUGCAGAUAUCGUCGGCAACAACAUCCCCGUGUUCUUCAUUCAGGACGCUAUCCAGUUCCCGGAUCUUAUUCAUGCCGUCAAACCUAGCCCGGACAACGAGAUUCCCCAAGCAGCGACGGCCCAUGACUCGGCGUGGGACUUUUUCAGCUCACAGCCAAGCACCAUGCACACUUUGUUUUGGGCUAUGGCUGGCUUCGGCAUUCCCCGCAGCUUCCGUCAUAUGGACGGCUUUGGCGUUCACACAUUCCGGUUCGUAAAGGACGAUGGCUCGUCCAAACUCAUCAAGUGGCAUUUCAAAUCUCUCCAAGGCAAGGCCAGCUUAGUUUGGGAGGAAGCUCAGGUGCUCGCAGGCAAGAACGCCGAUUUCCACCGUCAGGACCUUUGGGACGCGAUUGAGUCGGGCAAUGGUCCGUCAUGGGAGCUUGCGGUUCAAGUCGUCGACGAGGACAAGGCAGAAGCAUUCGGUUUCGACUUGCUCGAUCCCACCAAGAUCAUCCCCGAGGAGUUCGCUCCUCUCACGAAGCUCGGCGUGCUGAAGCUCGAUCGCAACCCUGUCAACUACUUCGCUGAGACCGAGCAGGCAAUGUUCCAGCCGGGCCACAUUGUCCGCGGCAUCGAUUUCACUGAGGAUCCCCUGCUCCAGGGGCGGCUGUUCUCGUACUUGGACACCCAGCUAAACCGUCACGGGGGGCCCAACUUUGAGCAGCUCCCAAUCAAUAUGCCGCGCAUCCCUAUCCAUAACAACAACCGCGACGGAGCUGGCCAGGGCUUUAUCCACACCAACGUCCAUCCCUACACACCGAACACCCUCAACAAAGGCUUUCCCCUCCAAGCCAACCAGACCUCAGGACGCGGCUUUUUCACCACCCCAGGCCGCAUCGCCAAUGGUCGCCUGGUCCGCGCGCAGUCGCCCACUUUUGACGAUCACUGGUCGCAACCCCGGCUGUUCUACAACUCCCUCACACCCGUCGAGCAGCAGUUCCUCAUCAACGCCAUCCGCUUCGAAACCAGCCAUCUCAAGUCCACCGCGGUCAAACAAAACGUCAUCGCCCAACUGAACCGGGUCAGCAAUGACGUGGCCAAGCGCGUCGCCACCGCCCUGGGGCUCGAAGCACCCGCGCCCGACCCGACCUAUUACCACAACAAUGUCACGGCCGGCAUCUCCAUCUUCAACUUCACCCUGCCCACCAUCAAGACUCUGCGCGUUGGCGUGCUGGCCAGCACCGGGGCUAACAGCUCCCUGCAGCAAGCCAGCGAACUCAAGCAGAGACUGACGCAGGACGGCCUGGUGGUCACGGUCGUCGGCGAGACACUCGCCGCCGGGGUCGACCAGACAUACUCGGCAGCGGAUGCCACUGGGUUUGAUGGCGUCGUGGUGGCUGACGGCGCCGAGGGUUUGUUUGAGGGCGCCGGUGCCGCUUCCCCGCUCUUCCCCGCCGGCAGGCCGGCCCAGGUGCUCCUUGAUGCCUACCGAUGGGGCAAGCCGAUCGGCGGCCUGGGCUCCGGAGAGAAAGCUCUUAAGAGCGCCGGUGUGCCUACCGGUAAAAACGCUGCGGGCGUGUUUGUUCAGAAGGCUGGAAACGUCAGCGUCGAGGCGUUUGUCAAGGGCUUCGAGGAGGGGUUGGCCAGGUUUAGGUUCACCGAUCGGUUUCCUCAGGACGAGUAGAGCUGUCCUGGGAUUCUCUGAAGGGUGGGGAUUUGGGAGGAGGGAUUCAUGAAGUAAUGAUAAUACUACGCACGACGAAGGCGGGCAGCGGUUUGUGUAUAGCUGGGGAAGCCCCCCGGAUAUAUAGUAAUAACCUAGAAAGAAAACACGGCUCACGCCCAUGAUAUUGGCGUGUUUUGUGGCUUGCCUAGUUCUCAACCUAGACAAGAG